AUGCGGUGGGUAAUACCGGGCGGACUAUGCACACUCCAACAAGUUAAGGCCAUAAAACACUUACUCACACCUCUCUCGAAGUUCGUGAACGGUAGAAGCAUGUCGUCCAACGCUAAACGGCCCGUGUCUUUGCUGGGAACCAUGGCGUUCGGCGGGCGAGCUGAUGCCCAGCAGAGUUUGGACAUGGUGAAGGCUUUCCUGGGCAGGGGGCACAGCCACCUGGACACGGCGUUCAUGUACGUGGACGGAAAGUCCGAGACAAUCAUAGGGGACAUGAAACUGCCUAAAACAGUUAGCAUGGCUACCAAGGCCAACCCCUGGGAUGGGAAAACACUGAAGCCAGAGAGUGUGCGCUCCCAGUUAGAGACCUCCCUGAAGAGGCUGCAGACCGACUGCGUGGACCUCUUCUACCUCCAUGCCCCCGAUCACCAAAACCCCAUCCAGGACACGUUGAGGGCUUGCAAUGAACUCCACAAAGAGGUGGGAAAAUUCAAAGAGCUUGGGCUGUCGAACUAUGCGUCAUGGGAAGUGGCUGAAAUUGUGUGCAUCUGCAGACAUAACAACUGGAUUGUUCCUACCGUGUAUCAGGGAAUGUAUAAUGCCACUACAAGGCAGGUGGAAACAGAGUUGCUGCCGUGCCUGAGAUAUUAUGGGAUGAAAUUCUACGCUUACAAUCCUUUAGCAGGUGGCCUUCUGACAGGAAAGUACCACUACGAAGACAAAGACGGCUCUCAGCCUGCUGGACGAUUCUUUGGCAACAACUGGGCUGCAGCUUACAGGGACAGAUACUGGAAGCAGAGUCAUUUCCAGGCCAUAGAGGUGGUUCUCAGGACCUUGGAGGCGGUGUACGGCUCAGAGAAACCCUCAUUAACAUCGGCUGCCAUGCGCUGGAUGUACCACCACUCCCAACUUAAGGGUGAUCUUGGAGACGGAGUCAUCAUCGGCAUGUCGAGCAUGGAGCAGCUUCAGCAAAACCUGGCUGCUGCAGAGGAGGGUCCCCUGGAUGAGAGAGUGGUCAACGCCUUCAAAGAUGCCUGGAACCUCGUAGCCCACGACUGCCCCAACUACUUCAGAUGA